ACGUGUUUUGUUAGUUUGUGUCUCAACAAGAUGACAAGCAAGUUAACAAAGGAAUUACAUAUAACAUAGUUCAAGAUGGAAGAGCUUUUAGCUGCAAUUGAGCGUCAGAUUUCUGCUUAUAAACUCCUGGAUGAUGACAAACAGGAACAACCAGAUGACUCCUCAGCUACUGCCUCAUCUUCUUUUGUGUCGUUGAUCAGAUUGAAUGGAAAGCCUAUCCCUCCCCCAGUUAUGACAGAGCAGCGACGACAUGAGAUGAGGCAGUUCAGGAUUGCAGCUAUGAAAAAAGAGCAGGAGCUAACAAGUAAAAAACGACUGAGACUGCUGGAUAAAGUGCAGGCAAUCGUCAAUAAUAUGGAGGAGAGACGAUCAUCAAGUCAAAAUAGUAAUGUAGACUACAUCAACUCGUCAGAAGUUAUUGAUACUUCAUCAAGAAGUCAAGCCCGUCAUCUAGACCAAUCAAAGGGUUUGACAAGACUCCCAAACACAUCUACAGAAGCAAAUGAGAAUCAAACAGGAGUAGAAUCACACAUUCCUAGUGUUGACCUACAUGUAGGAUUGCCAGAAUCACCCACAUCUAAACCGGAUGCUAAUGUAGUUCCUCCGCGCACAAACCCCAUUGGGGAGGUACUGAGUGCCCAGGGAUCAACAAGCAGCAGCAGUGAUGCAAGCCUGCUUAAUCAGACAGUAAUAGCCGUGUCCGACUUUAGUAAAAGUCCCACCAGCUUAGAUGAUUCUAACAGUGCAGUUAAAGCUACAUUAGAUACAGUGUCCAAAGCAAAAAAAACUGUCUCUGGGCACAGUUCCGAAUCUUCUAGCAAAGGAGAGGCUAAAGCCCUUGACGUGACUGCUUCAGGAAGUCCUUCACUUCAUAGAAUUGAAUCAUCUGAAUCAAAUGCCUGGACUUUAUCGCCUGCAACAUCUUCUACAUCAACAGUUCUGCACAAGAGUGACCAAGAUAUAACAUCUGGAUCUGUAAAUGCUUCGGGAUCAAGUUCAAUGCUGUCAGGCUCUACAGCUGGUGUCAAGUUAGCUUGCUCUUGGAGCAAAGACUCUGACAAAGCUAAAACACCAGAUUCAGAACAGAUUCCACCUGUGACAGGUGUACACUUAAUGCCUCCUCUUAAGGAUUUCCACAAUGAUAAUGAUGAUGAUAUAGAAUCAUUUGGUGAAAAAGACUCUUACCUGAGCCUUUUAGGUGAGUACUCCUUGCUACCAACGCCUUCAGGAUCCCACUUCUUCUCAGACGUAUCAGGAGUUCCUUCAUCAACACCUCUUGAGAACCCAAGCCCCACUGUUAAUGAAAACACGUUGGGUGAUAAUGAGAGAAGUCCUGAUGAGAGAAGCCCAAAUAGCAACUUAUCCCAAACAGAUCGAGACUUAUCCAUGUUCAUCUCAACAGGAUCAACAUUGUACACAAACACCUUGGGUCAGUCGUGUACGUUGCCUUCCACCCUAAGGACCGUUAGUGCUGCAUCCACUCUGCAAGAUAUUGAAGACCCUUGGAACACCCUUGUUGAGACCCCACAACCAAAUGGGGAUGUUCUCAAUGAUACAGUUAGAGGGACCCCUGUAGGUCAAGAAGAUAGUGAGCGUAAUCCCACUUUUGCCACUAAAUCAAGCCAGCACUCCAAGUUGUCUCCAAAACAGGAAUCUGCUAAGAGCAGCAGUGAGAAUGACUUCUCAUCUCCUGAGAAGCGCGUCAGGAGAAACUCGUACACCCUAGAGCACCCAUCACCGGCCUUGCUUGAUGCCCAGGCAAGGAAUGAAGCACCUCAUGCAAGUCUUGGACAAAGUGAAGGACAACCCCCUGCUAGAAGGAGUCUUGAACUUGGUGCAGAUGCUGACACUUCAUCCAUAGAACCAAAAGAAAAUGUGACGACUGAAUCAGAAGCAGAAAAUGUACAUCAAAAUAAAGAGCUGACAGAAGAGAACCUCUUGCAUCUGCAGCUGGGCUAUUUUGAGGAGAUGAGGAAGCACAUGGAAGAGCAGCAGCGACAGCAACUGCAGCAGUUGCUGAUCGAGCAGCAGCAGGCCCAGAUGACGCUGCAACUAGAGAUGGCAGAGCUGGAGAAACAGUUUCGUCAGAAACAGGGAUUGAUGGCGGGGAACAAAGAUGAUGGGAAAGGGUUGAGCAAAGAGGUCUUGCGGGAAACGGUUGAUCGAGGAGAGAAAGAUGUUAGCGAAUCUCAACUUGUGAAACAGUCAUCACCAUCUAGUGUAAAAUCAGCAAGGCCUUCCCCUGACCAAAGCACCUCACAUCGUACUUCAUCACCAAAUAUUCCAUCCAAGCACACAAGCCCCUCUGUCAUCACGAAGACCUCCCCUAUUGUAACAUUAACCAGUACAGUGGGUAGUGGAGGAGCGGUGGAACCAUUCUACCUAGGAGGGGAUCACAGUAGACUCGUUAUCGGAGGGGCUAAUAGUCCUGUUACAGCUAGGUCACCUGCUGCUGAAGAGAGCGUCAGUUCACCAGUGAUGAUCAGAAGUCCAUACAGCAAGAUUGUAAACUCACCCACAAUGAAGGCAAAGUUUGACCGGGUCUCAGCUGUUUCAAAGGGUUAUCUUACCAGGAGAAUCUUCCAGACCAACAAAGUUCAAGACACCAUCAAAACCAUCAAAGACAGCGUUGCUUUUGCAGACAAGUUUAUCUCUGAGACUCCUAUCAAGCAGGGCGUGAUGUCAAUGCAGGAUAUGGUACUAGCUGAGAGAGUGCUUGCUCAGGUACGUGCAGCUCAAUAUGAUCUGUAUGACAUCUUCUUCACCAUGACUGCAUCCCAGAGGAUGGACAUCAUCACACAGUCUAGAAAACUGGAUAAAAAAGAAGGAAGGAAGAGCAGGGUACUGCAUCAGCAGGAUGUUGCCCCCAUGCGACCGCUGUCAGCCGCUACAGUCAAAGCCCUGGAGAGGAAGAAGAAAGCCAAAGUAGCUGAAGCCAGGGUGUUUGGAGACAAGAAAGUUACAGCUGGAGGACUCUCUAACAUGUCUAGGGGUAGGCCUAGAAGCGUUGCCGAAGGAAGAAUUUUGAAACCACUCCUGAGCCAAGUGUCACCUGCAAGACCAGCAAGUGCCAACACCUACAGACCAUCCAAAUAUGGAAUUGUCAUCAGCAACGAACAACAUCAGCCCAAACUGAAUGAUCCCAAGAAAUUAACCCAUGAACCCACCAGAUCAAAGGUCACAUCCCAGAGGGUACCAGGCAGCACUACACAGGGUUAUAGAUCAACAAAACCGCGAUCACCAGUGACGGUCAAGACAAAAGGAGUGAGGAGAUCACUGUACCCCAUUGCCAACCCAUCCACAAAGAAAACCCAGCGAAAGACUCCUGAGUUCAGAAAGUAGCCUGAAAUUAAAAAAUUGGUUCCCCUUUUGGCACUCCUUACGCAACACAAAUAUAGUCCACUACACUGGAGUUUAGGAAGCUCUAAAUAUCACACUGCAAGCACUUUGGUUUUAAAUUUAUUCUCCCUGACACGUUGUUAUGUAGUUUACCAACAAUAUUGGUAUCAUAAUGAACCACCAGCGAAACUGACUGGGUAGAUUUUAGAUGAUUUUAGGUUUAACAGCGAAAAAUUGACUAGAGCAGGACUUGAACCUGCGACCUCUGUAUUAACAUGCCAGCGCUCCACCAGUAGAGCUAUCUAUCUCUAAUGUUGGCAGUCUUCCCAUUUUUUCAAAACCUUUGUUCAGGGGGUGCCAUUUAGAAGACAUACAACCUGUAACUGCCGAUCACAUCAAAGUUUACGAUACAUUCUUGAAAUUUGAAGCUGCAGCAGAGAGAUCACUUUAGUCAGAUUUGACUUUUUGCUAACACCUCAAGUUAUAAACCACAGGGGAAACUGACUGGAUAAAUGUUGAAAUGAUUUGGGGUUUAACAAAGAAA